AUGGCUGGACACCGACGCAUCCUCUUUGCGGUGGAUGAGAGCGCUAGCUGUCGUCGAGCCUUCCAGUGGUUCCUGCGGUGGAUGUGGCGCAGUGGCAGCAAUCAGGAAGAGGGGGUGGAGGACGCCAUCACAUUGAUUCAUGUAAUUGCACCCGAGCUGAACCCGCAUCCAUCGGUAGAUGAAGCGCAAAUGCGGACGACGACACCACCCACGACAAACGCUGAUGGAGCACCACUAGUAAUGGAGGAAGCCUUUGCUGCGGGGAAAGCUCUCUGUCAGGGCUUUUUGGAUCUGGCGUUUCAAGCAGGCGCGACGCACUGCGACGCCUGCAUCGCCGUGGACAGGCGACCCGCCACGGGAAAGGCGGUGAUUAAGUCGGCGCUCAUUCGAGGCGUUGACAUGAUCGUCAUGGGUUCACGUGGUCGCGGAGCCCUCCACCGCACUCUACAUCUAGGCAGCGUUGGAAAAUACAUUGUCAGACACAGCCACAUUCCUGUGACAGUCAUCCCUCCAAACUCGAGUCACUCGUACUGCUAG